AUGCGGUCACUGGGGCUGGACUUUAACAAUCACCGCGGCGACAUCUACUGGAAGCACAGCGCUGCCAGCCAGGCAGCUCAAAACUUAUACCCCGAGAAUGCAAUUCGCGCUAUCCAAGACAUUCUCGAGUACAAUGAACCCGCCGGCGACGUCUACAUGUUCAGCACCAUCAUCCUCGCAUGGACCACGAGUCUCUUCGGCUACAUCCUCCUCAUGCUGCUGCUCAUGGCCUGCAUCAGAAAAGCCGAUCGAACCACGAACACGUCAAAGGACAACGAAGUUGACGAGGGCAUCGAGCUCGAAUCCAUCAAAGCACCUGAUACAGAUACCCUGGCGAGAACCGACUCCGCGGUGGGGCCAUUCGAGGACGUCAAAUGGGAAUACCCCAGCCCUCAGCGUUCUACCGAUACGAAGCGGCCCGAACCGCUUCCUAUGUACUCGCUUUGGGGAUCUGGUCGUGCGGUGGCUUGA